GUUAUCCAUUCUUUGUAAUCGUGCAUCAAUGCUUGAAAUACUAUCAACAUUCCCAAUCGAUUGAUGUAAUGUAUUACAAUUAUCAGCAUCGGAAUGAUCGAUUUCAUCUGUUAAUAAAUUUACGAUAUUAGCGUGAAAAUUGUAUAAUAAUGCAUUAAAUACGGUAUAAAGUGCUUUGUGUUCUGAAUUCAAAAGUAAUAUAAUAAUAUAUUACGCUACGUAGAAGAGAAACGGGCAUGUGUAAGUUGCAAAUACGUGAGCAUGAUAGCCCGUUUCUCUCCCAAGUGGCGUAUACAACUUUUUAUCAUACCACGCGUGAAGUAUGGCGUUUAACGCAUAACCUCACUUCUAUAGAAACUGCGACCCGUAGGCUCGUUUCUACUCGUUAAUUGCGGCCCGAACGAAGUAAAGGCCGUAACACGCAGACAGCCCUAAUCGAGAGUGAAAGCAUAAAAACGAGCCUACGCGUCGUCUUUUCUAUACGUGAAGAGGUAUGCGGCGUUUCUCUCCCUGGCAUCGUAGAGUAAACGCCAAUGAAACGGUCCAAGGAUAAUGACUAAUCGACCGUGUGAUAUUCGUGACCCGAAUUGUUAAAAGAGGAGGGAGAGCAUACUCGAAAAUCGUCACGCGCACUAUGAUAAAAAACGCUUAUAGCACUGCAAAAAUUUCUGGCCAGUUUUGCCCAGUUUUCCUCACGUAAAAUACCAUCGCUUAGCGACCAGGCCAGCCGGACUGGUGAAAAUUCUACCAGGGUAUUUUGGGUAAAAAACAUUUUUUUUCAAAUCGGGCUCUCUGACACGAAACACAGAAUUUGGACGAAUAGAGGUGGAACAGAAAAUAAACCAUGAACCAUACGGCAACAUCGCAACGACUUCUUUGUUCUUGGUUAUGCGGAUCCGGCAUCUUUAAGGUUUGAGGCAACAAUAUGGCUGUUUCACCAAACUACUUAUUUUCGUUGACGAAAAUGAAAUGUUUUGUCGGACUGUGCAGCAUUUAGAAGUCGAAUACUAAGAUAAUUUUUAUAUCUUAAUAACGACAGUCAUUUAACCGUAUCUCAAGAACAAGGACACCUUCAUGUUCUCGGAGUCCAAUUUGCAACCACUGAGAAACAAUGUCGCACUCCAGGUUUACAACACCAGAGGCGUACCCAUCGUCAAGUACAAUGGACGCAAUAACUCAUGCCAAAGUGAAAUUCAUAAUUGACAAUUAUAAAUGUCCAAAAGACCAAAAUGUCUAAAAGAUAAACCUCCAAAAGAUGCAAAAGAUUAUGAUAAGAAGUUUGUAUAUACAUGCUGGUACCAAGACAAUCGAAACUCAGAAUUAAGAAAGUAUGGUAUACAAAUAGGACAACUAUGCGAUUUUAAAGAAAGUCUUACACAAAAGAAUAGGGCUAUUUUCCUCCCGCUAAAAAAUAGCAUAAAAGACAGAUACAAAAAAAAGCACGAAAAUACUGAAGAUACUGAUAACAACGAAGAACCCGAAAGCUCAGGGGACGAAAAAACCGAAAGCUCGGGGGAUGAAGAAGUAAAAGCAAAAAACAAAGAUAAAGUUAGCGAAGAAGAAGAAGAAGAAACUGAUGAAGAAAGUAUCAACAACAAACAGAAAGUUAAACAGAAUAGACGCCAGUUAAAAGAAAAAAAACAAAUCGAACAAAAGAAAAUGUUGGAAGCAAAAAUGUUAAAACUGCAAGACGAAGCACCAUUAAAUAUGCCAAAAAGUAAACGCAAGAUAAAAACCUUGUAAACUAUGAUAAUA